AUGGGUUGGGUCAGAGUUGUAAGAUGUUUUGUGAAUUUUGUCCACCUCAAAAAUAACCUCGCCAUCUACAUUCUUAAGAACCCAAGCAGCCUCACCAAGUCAACACUCCUCCAAGGUUCGUCUUGUGCAUCAGCUGAUGACUUUCAAACAUUUACUACUCAGGGAGGAAGCUAUUUCCAAGAAUCUAACUCUGACAGGUCACAUAUACCUUGCAGUAUUACCAACGGACAUACGAUUGAAAUCGGAGCAGGAGAUAAAACCUUAAGGUUCUGGAAUGUCUUCAGCUCAAGGCGACACUGGAAGUUCAGGUGA